UGUCCACGUGGUAGCGGCGAGGAUGAGCGGAAGAGGCAAAGGCGGCAAAGGGCUCGGAAAGGGUGGCGCUAAGCGUCAUCGCAAAGUGCUCCGCGAUAACAUCCAGGGAAUCACCAAGCCGGCCAUCAGGCGCUUAGCUCGCCGCGGCGGAGUCAAGCGUAUCUCUGGCCUGAUCUACGAAGAGACCCGCGGGGUCUUGAAAGUCUUCCUGGAGAACGUCAUCCGCGACGCCGUCACCUACACCGAGCACGCUAAGCGGAAGACCGUCACCGCUAUGGACGUCGUGUACGCUCUGAAGAGGCAGGGCCGCACCCUGUACGGCUUCGGGGGUUAAAGCCCGCCUCCGACCAACCACCAACGGCUCUUUUAAGAGCCACGCAAUCUUUCAUUUACAGAGCAAACAUUCCCAUAAUCAAAUCGGUUACUUAGGCAAACAGUCUUAAUAUUUUUAGAUUGCGAACUAACAGUUUAUGAUUUUAGUCUAUCUCAAACUGGUUAACGUUGAUUAGACAUAAUUUAAUUGAGAGUUCUUCUACCCGAGGCUAGAUUGCCUCGGCUCCAGUGCUCGUGUGACCCUUGUGAGGAUAAGCGUUAGGAAGUGCAAAAUGGACAAUCUGCUUAUGUUCAACGUGCACUCGUAUCAGUCAGCGUAUAACAACCACCGGAGCGGCCUUCGGAAGUCUGAAGCAGGACUUUUGUCAGGUUUUGUAUGUCAACAGCCAAGCUUUCGUCUGUUGGAGCCACGAGAGGUUGCAUUUGGCAUUAAAAAUUAAAAAAAAAAAAUAUUGGUAGUGUGACGGCAGAAUUCGGUUAUUGUAAAUGGAAAGAAUAAAACAAUCGUGGAGGGGGGAAAUAUGCUUAAUAUUGAAAAAUGUCAACAUUUGUACAAAUUGUAU